AAGGAGUAGAAAGACGAAAGAAGAAGAAGAGGAAGAACACGCAGCCUCCUCCUCCUCCUCCUCUGCAAAAAUCCCUUUGCCUAGACGACGCUCUCGAGUCCCCCCCUCCUUCCUCAGAUCCCUUGCCCCAAUUCCCUUGAUCGGCGUGCGAUCUCGGAUCACCCCCACCUCCCUAACCCCCCCCCCCCCCCGCUCCUUCGGAAGAGAAUCGGCAACCCUCCCCCUCCCCCUCCCCUCCUCCUCCGCCGCGCUCCCUUUGGGGCUCCACACCCCCCCGACCUCCCGCUAGGGUUAGGGUUUCCCCCUCGCUCUCUCUCUUGCCAUGGACUCCGAUGAGGAUAUGCACGACGCCAACGACUUGGAGUCGAUGGACGACGAUUUCUACAGCGGGGAGGCCGACGAUUACUACAACAGCGACGACGCCGACGCCGACGAUUACGAGUUCGUCGAGGACGCCGACGCCGACUCCGACGUCUUCUCGGCUCGCCGGCAUCAGCAAAACUAUAUCAUUUUAAGGGAAGAGGAUAUACGAGAACGUCAGGAGGAUGAUAUAAUGAGAGUUGCCAGCGUCCUAUCUAUACCUAGAGUCGCCGCCAUCACCCUGCUGCGCCAUUAUAAUUGGAGUGUAAGUAAGGUUCAUGAUGCAUGGUUUGCUGAUGAAGAUACAGUGCGAAAAGCAGUGGGCUUAUUGGAAAAACCGGUUGUUGAGCAUCCUAAUUUAAGAGAAGUAUGUCGUCUUAAAUGUCUGAAUUGUUUGCAGGCUCAGUUUCCUCUUAUCUUCACUAACUGUGGACUGCCUUCUUUGCAGCUCACCUGUGGAAUCUGUUUCGAGUCUUGUCCACGUGAUAAAAUUAUGUCGGCUGCUUGUGGUCAUCCUUUCUGCAGUACAUGCUGGGCAGGUUACAUACACACAUCCAUAAACGACGGUCCUGGAUGUUUAACAUUGAGAUGUCCUGAUCCAUCUUGUGGUGCUGCCGUCGGUCAAGACAUGAUAAAUCUAUUAGCGCCUCAAGAAGAUAAGAGAAAGUACUCUCACUAUCUUCUUCGCUCGUACAUUGAAGACAAUAGAAAGACCAAGUGGUGUCCUGCCCCUGGUUGUGAAUAUGCCGUAGAAUAUGCUGCUGGCAGUGAAGGUUACGAUGUUUCCUGCCUGUGCUCUUUCAACUUUUGCUGGAAUUGUACAGAGGAAGCUCACCGUCCAGUAGAUUGUGGCACUGUUGCAAAGUGGAUCAUGAAGAACAGUGCCGAAUCUGAAAACAUGAACUGGAUUCUGGCCAAUUCAAAGCCUUGUCCAAAGUGUAAGCGGCCAAUAGAGAAAAACCAAGGGUGUAUGCACAUGACAUGUACGCCUCCUUGUAAAUUUGAGUUCUGCUGGCUCUGUCUGGGUGCAUGGUCUGAUCAUGGGGAGAGAACUGGUGGUUUCUAUGCCUGCAAUCGUUAUGAGGUAGCUAAGCAAGAGGGAGCGUAUGAUGAGGCUGAAAGAAGAAGAGAGAUGGCGAAAAACUCAUUGGAGCGAUAUACUCAUUAUUAUGAACGAUGGGCAAGCAAUCAAUCCUCAAGGCAGAAAGCUCUUACUGAUUUACAUCAAAUGCAAACUGUGCACCUUGAUAAGCUUAGCGACACACAGUGCCAGCCGGAGUCACAGUUGAAGUUCAUCAUAGAGGCCUGGCAACAGAUAGUUGAGUGUAGGCGAGUGCUCAAGUGGACAUAUGCAUAUGGUUAUUAUCUGCCAGAACAUGAACAUGCUAAGAAACAAUUUUUUGAGUACUUGCAAGGUGAGGCGGAGUCCGGAUUGGAAAGGCUUCAUCAGUGUGCAGAGAAGGAACUUCACCAGUUCCUUAGUGAUGAGAGUCCUUCUAGUAACUUUAAUGACUUCCGCACCAAGUUAGCUGGACUUACCAGCGUAACCAGAAACUACUUUGAGAACCUCGUGAGAGCAUUGGAGAAUGGGCUAUCAGAUGUGGAUUCCCAUGGCGGUUGUAGCAGGGCAGCGAGCUCUAAGAAUGGUGGGAGCAGCAAGGCAAGUAGAGGUGGUGGAAGGGGAAAGGGAACUACCAGCACUCGUGCUGGUUCCAGUCGAACUGAUGACGCGUCUCACUGGUCCUGCGAUCAAUGCACUUAUGCUAAUACUAAAUCUGCAACCACUUGCCAGAUGUGCCAGCAUCGGCGAUGAGGGCAGUGACAGGAAAAUUUACGAAGAUGGUUUUAUCCAGAAACAUGACUUCAUGAACGAGCAACCGGUUCAAGCGCACGGCGGUGUCCUAUAAAGGGAUUCUUGGUUCGAAUCGUUCAAGUUGCCAGUGACAAAUCAAUUAUUAGGAGAGGCUCAACUGUUGUCUUUAGUGUGCCGAGGGAUUCAAGCAGCAGCAGCAGCUUUUGGCCUGCGUGUACUCUUGGUGUGUGUUGAUGGUGGCGACCUAUAAUGCCGGUCCAUGUAUAUAGGCUGUAGCGUUUCAUUAUCGGUACCGUACUACUUUGGCAAAGAAAAAGAAAUAGUGACCGUCACCGAUCAUUUAAUAUUUUAUCUAUUUGCUGCUGGAAGUAAGAGGCAAAUGUACUCAGUUUGUCUUCUAUUUGGAUGUAUUACUUUGUCUAUUGGAGCUCACUGAUCCUUCUUGAAAGGAAUUACUUCAGAGUU